GUGUGUGGAGACAACACACAACGACCCGGCUUUGCAACACCACUCUAUGGGGAUGGUGCUGCGAUCGAAGUCCAACACUUCCUUGCCAACUCAUCAGUACACGCGUGUUUCGGUAGAGCCGCAGCACGCCACAAGACAAGCACAGCUUCCGCCCAGCGGCCGAUUCCUCAGCAGCAGCAGCAGCAGCAGCGUCCUGGGUUCGCUCCUCAAGAGGGCCGUCCUCGUUGUCGGGGUGGUUGCCCCUGUGGUGUUUAUCUUGAUCUGGCGCCACCUCUUUUCGAUCGAUGCGGGAGCUGUCUUGGCGGAGAAUGGCGGCAGUGGGUCGUCGAUUGAGAACACCUUUACGGUUAGGAUGAACACCUUCCGUCGCAACGACCUGCUCAAGAGAAGCGCGGAGCACCUCGCGUCCUGCGACUGCGUCGGCCAGAUCCAGGUCGUCUGGUCGGACCAAGAAAACGCUCCCCCUAGCAUGGACCUCUUCACCGAACGAACCCGAAGAAAGGUAGUCUUCGAGGUGCACGACACCAACAGCCUCAGCCAUCGCUUCAACGUCACGUCGACCUUGGGCACCGACGGCGUGUUCUCCACGGACGACGACCUCGAGAUCUCGUGCGCGGACCUGAAGUUCGGGUUCGAGACAUGGCGGGCCAGCCAGAACACCAUGGUCGGCUUCUCGCCGCGGCUGGUGACGCGCAACCCGGGGACCGGGCGCCACUCGUACCGGUCUUGGAGGGUGGUGCGCUGGAACGGGGUGUACAACGUGAUCCUGACCAAGUGCUGCUUCCUGCACCGGGACCACCUGCGGACGUACGUGGACGAGAUGACCGCGCCGCUCCUGGCGUACAUCGACGAGCACCGGAACUGCGAGGACAUCGCCAUGUCGGUGGUGGUGGCCAAGUUCCACAAGACUCCCCCCGUGUGGGUCGGCGGGAGGGUGAAGGAGAUCGGAGGGGACGGGAUCAGCGGCUUGGCGCACCACUUCGACGCGCGCAGCAACUGCGUGGACUUCUUCGCCGAAGAGUUCGGAGACAUGCCGCUGUUGGAGUCUUCCGUCAAGGUGUACCCCAUGCACACUGGUCUGUUGUCGUGGCUGUAGGACACUGGCCUGAUUUGUUUUGCCGGAGGGGGUGUUUAGGUAGUGGCCUUUUGUGCAUUAGUCACGGAGUUCACCCGUUCCCCAUCCGAGCGACGGUUUGGUAGAGGAAAAUAGCGCUAGGAAUUUUUCCACUACAGUACGGUAGGCCGUACGCUGUGGUGUCGACAGCACCAAUGAACAACAGCACGUACGUCUUGCUGUGGUAUUGAUGGUGUCGGUACGCUGCUCGUGCCGAAUAUUUGUCGAAAUUGAAACAUGGCACGGGAUGCAGCAGGCCCCUGGGAACGUUUCCCGCUCUUGUUUAUAUUUAGGGAUGCAGCGCCCAGGAAGAAGUGCAGAUGAUGCGGGCCGCUGCGCCUAUCAAGGGUCUAGUUGUGAGAAAUUUGCACGCAUGUUUCAGUCGUUUUUUUAAGUUGUGCUGUCAUAUUGGACCACACCACACCACGCUAGACAACUAGUGGUGAGGUUAGUGUUUGGUGUUCUGUUUAUUGUUGCAAGCAAGCCGACCAAUAUCGUCCACUUGCGAGUAUAGGAGUUUGCAACCGUGCUUAGGUCGCCAGCAACUGGGGGCAAGUGUGUAGACGGGGGCGUGGGCGUGGGCGUGCGUGGCAUAGGAAUUGUACAUAAAGUGUUCACGGUGUUUUAUGUUGAGGUUGUCUACCUACUGGUGUUUACACAGUGCGUAGAAGGCUAUAGUAAUAGGUCCGCAGAUAACUGCAACAGGUUGGGAAUCGUACAGAGGCCGUUCUGUAAGUUGCCGUGAACGACCAGUUGAUUUCGAGAGCAUACAGGAAGUUGUAAACUGCACAUGAGACCAUCGCGAUCGCCUGUAUCCUGUUUGAAGAGCAUAUCGUGGUUUGUCGAUGGUCUGUAUGCACGCUCGUUUCCCUGCAACGGUAGAGCUGUUGCUUGCACGAGCGCUACAUCAGGUUCACGCCAGGCGGUCAUGUCUUGAGUAACUUGGUUUGGAUGAAAAGCACGCGGUAGGUUAGUGACUGGCCCCAAGAUGCGGAUACGCC